GAGCCGCGCUUUUCCUUGGCAGGUCCUAGCUCGUCUUUAAACCCAACCGGGCGAUCCUUGGAGCACCGCAGAGAUGCCCAGGGAAGACAGGGCUACGUGGAAGUCCAACUACUUUAUGAAAAUCAUCCAACUCCUGGAUGAUUACCCAAAAUGUUUCAUUGUGGGAGCAGACAAUGUGGGAUCCAAACAGAUGCAGCAAAUCCGUAUGUCCCUGCGUGGGAAAGCAGUUGUGCUGAUGGGGAAGAAUACAAUGAUGCGCAAAGCUAUUCGUGGUCACCUGGAGAAUAACCCUGCCUUAGAAAAGCUGCUGCCUCACAUCCGUGGGAACGUGGGCUUUGUCUUCACCAAGGAGGAUCUGACUGAGAUCCGGGACAUGCUGCUGGCUAACAAGGUGCCAGCAGCUGCCCGUGCCGGCGCUAUUGCUCCUUGUGAUGUGACUGUGCCAGCCCAGAACACGGGUCUCGGGCCUGAGAAGACCUCCUUUUUCCAGGCCUUGGGCAUCACCACCAAGAUUUCCAGAGGGACCAUCGAAAUCCUGAGCGAUGUGCAGCUCAUCAAGACCGGAGACAAAGUGGGUGCCAGCGAAGCCACCCUGCUAAAAAUCUCCCCCUUCUCUUUCGGGUUGGUGAUCCAGCAGGUCUUUGACAAUGGCAGCAUUUACAAUCCUGAAGUGCUGGACAUCACCGAGGAGACCUUGCACAAGCGUUUCCUGGAGGGUGUUCGUAACGUUGCCAGCGUCUGUCUGCAAAUUGGGUACCCGACCAUCGCUUCUGUGCCCCACUCCAUUGUCAAUGGGUACAAGCGGGUCCUGGCUGUGGCCGUGGAGACUGACUACACCUUCCCACUGGCUGAAAAGGUGAAGGCCUUCCUUGCAGACCCCUCUGCUUUUGUGGCGGAAAAAGGCGCGGGGCGGCCCCCCCCGCCGCCCCCCCCUGCCGCUCCAGCCAAAGAGGCAGCAAAGGAGGAAUCCGAGGAGUCCGAUGAGGACAUGGGCUUCGGUCUCUUUGACUAA